AUGCAAAUCAUAGAUCCUAAUACUAAUAAUUUUAUUAUAGUACUCGAAUUUGCAGAAGAUGGAAGUUUACAUAAAGACUUAAUGCUAAAUAUCGAUGAAAUUACUUGGCAAACAAAAUUAGAAAGAUUAUAUUAUAUUGCAUCAGGAAUUGAACAAAUUCAUAAUAACAAUCUGAUCCAUCGAGAUCUUCAUUCAGGAAACAUCUUGAUGGGAGUUAAUGGAAUUCUUG